AUGUUCUGUUGCUCUAAAAAUAUACUAGAUUCAGCUGAUCAAAGGAGGAGAAAAAGUUAUGCAGCAUAUAAUCCGAGGGAGCAAAAAGAUGAUGGAAAUGAAUUAAUUACAAUACAUAAUAAAAAAAUAUCCACUGUGAACAUUUUAAAAAAAGGUAGUGAGCUGACAUCUAAAUUAAAAGGUGAAGAAAAUAAUACUGUUAAGAAAUAUCCUGUGGGAAAAUCCAAUGUAUUAAAAUAUUAUGAAAAGAAUAUUUUAAAAGAUAAAAAUUCCAAAAGUGUAAUUUGUACAGAUUUUAAAAAAGAAGGUAAUAAUAAUAAUUAUGAUAGUUAUAGAUUAAAUAAAGAUAAAAAUGAAAGAGAUUCCUGUAAGGGAAUAGGAGCACCAUGUGACUUCUCAAAAUUAAACACUAGAAAUAAAAUUAAAGUAUUAAAUGAAAUACAAAGUCAGAUUAAUGAUUGCUUAAAAGAAGAAGAUUUCAGUAUUCACGAUGAUAUUAUAUUUCUAAAUAUAUUUAGGUUAACUCAUAAAAAAAUAUAUUCUCUUUUGGAUAGAGGAAAAAAAAAACCUGGAUGUUACAACUGCAAUGACAUUUUAGAGAUGGUAUUAAAUGGUAGCUUACACAAAAACAGCUUAAUAAAAAGAAAGUCAGAUUCAAAGUAUGUUCAAUUAAAAGAAAAAAUGAAUGAAAUACAUUUUCUAAAAAACCUUGAGUUGCAGUAUUAUCUGAAAAUUAAAAAGUAUAAACCAUCAGUAAAAUCAAAGUUUGAAGAAACGUAUACGAAAGAAAAUAUCAUGUUUCUGGAAUUAAGCGAAUCUCUAUUAGCCGAAAAAGUAAAAUCAUUAAAAAAAUUUUUAGUAUCUCCAUUUGAUAAAAAUAUAGUAGAAAUACUUUUAAUACCAAAACAAAAACGUUGCAAUAAAUUUUACGGAUAUAAGAAAGUAAUUUCGAAUUUAUUUAUAACAAAAUAUAUUUCUGUAUAUUUUUAUCAUAUCAUUGAAAAAAAAAUUGAAAAAUAUAAUAUAAUGAGAAAAACAGGUCCUAUACAUAUAACAAUCAAAUUAAAGACAAAUUAUCCUCAAGCAAUUCAAACAAUUUUUAGAUAUAUAUAUGAUAAAAGUUUUAACUUAAAUGAUUUAGAUUUUAAAUUGUUAGUAACUGUUUAUAUUGAAUGUAUUCAUUUAAAAAUUAUUAGUAUCAUAGAUGAUGUUAUUAAUGCAAUUAAUGAAAAGGCAUAUUUUGAUAAUAUAGUUAAAGUAUUGGACUUAUCAUCAAUUUUUAAGGAGACUCCUCUUUUUAAAGAUUUUGCCCGUAUCAUUUCAGAUUCAGGGGUUUACAUAUUUGCAAGAAACUACCACUACCUGUUAGACGCGGAAAUAUAUAGCCAUCUCCUCAGUUUUGAUAACAUAAUGAUAAACGAAAUGAAAAUAUUUAUCGAGUCCAUAAAAUUCAUAAUUAAAAAUAAUUGUGAUAUGAGGGAGCAAUGCUUAAUUUUUAGGAGCAUUCGAUUCAACUUAUUAAAUAAUGAACAGUUAUAUAACAUACAAAAUUACAUAAAAAAUUGCUUUGAAGAUAUUAUACAUAAUAAAUAUGAUGCAACUAAUUUUAUUUGCAUACGAUAUCAACAUUCAAACAUAGAACAUAUAGACCUGAAUGAUGAUGGUAAGAAAAGCUCGAAGGAAUUGGAAACAAGAAAUACGGGAAGUGAAGGAGUACAAGAGGAAAAAGAAAAAGGAAAAGAAGAAAAGGGGGAAGAAAAAAAAGAAGGGGAAAAAAAAGAUAAGGAAAAAAAAAACGGAAUAACAAUUAUAGAAGAAAGACCCAACAUACCCUUUUCGGAAGAGAUAAAAAAUCUGAACGAAUUUUAUAAAAUAAUAAAUAAAGAAGCUUUUGAACCACCUUAUAUUAGUACAUCUAAAAAAGAAAUUUCUCUUAAAAGACUUACCAAAUGUAUAAAUAAUAUUUAUAAUAUAUUAUUUGAUAAUGUUUUUAAAAAAAUGUUAAACAAAGAACAAAAAAAAGAAAGGUGCAAGGCAUGGAAUGAAAAUAAAGAUUUUAAAUGUGUAUAUGAUUUUAAAAAUGGAAAUUAUUCUUUUCAAUUAAUCAAAAAAAAACAAAAAGUAGAAAGAUACUCUUUUACAUAUGGAGACGAACGGUUAGUAAACGAAUGUAAAUUGUUUUUUCAAAUAACAAAAACCAAAGGUAGUAAUAUUUGUAUUGGAAUAGUAUUAAAAACGAAGGAGCUAAAUGUUUGGAAUAACUCUAACAUUAAUAAUAAUAAUAAUAAUAAGAGUAAUAGUAGCAAUGGUAGUAGUAAUAGUAAUAAUAAUAAUAACAGGAACAUUAAUAAUAUUAAUGCCAAUUCUAAAGCACUAAAUGUACUAAUGGAACAUAGUGAAAAUUUGGUCAUUUAUUUUGAUUUUUUCGUAAAUGAUUUCUAUGCUUGUAAUAUAGAUAAGGACAAUUCAACAUUCGUAAACAAAACAAAAUUAAAUUUAUAUGCACAUGAAAAUAAAAUAACAAAUGAAGAUAUUGUUAAUUACAAUAUAUUAGUUAUUAAUCAAACUUUGAAUAUUGAUAUAGUAAUACUACCGAAAAACAGUUUUUCAUUUUCUUUUGCCUUUUUAAGACCAACCAUUUUUUUAGGGGACGUAAUAAAAAAACCAUUUAUUCAUAUAAAACCUUUUUUUAUACUUAAAGAUUCAUUAGAUUCUAUUUCCAUUCCAUCCAUUAUAUUUUAA